GGUGUAUGUGUACCUGCGAAGCCCAUCACUCCCUCUCUUCUUUGCUCUUUUACUCUUUCCAUCAUCAAAUCAAUUAAUAAAUCUAAAAGAAUAUCUUUCAUUCAUAUACACUCACACAUACUUCAUAAGUCUUUCCGACAAGUUUCAACACACGCUAUCUGAAUUUUCCAGUUUAUUUUCUCUUUCUAGUUUUAUUCCUUGUUUUCAUAUACAUACACACCCAUACGCACACAUAUAUCACUGUUACCAAGAAAAGAAAGCUCCACUGCUUGGUUAUAGCCAGCAAGAAGAACCACAACCUCGAUUCACGAACUGGGUCGUGGACAGAUCUUGGUAUAGAGCGACUGAUUCCACCCAUAAUCGCUUUGACUCUGAGGUAAAUGAGAAAAAGCCAAAAGGGUUUCUCAUCUAGUCUUAUGGACUCCCCACAAUCUGUUGUAUCUCCAUGCAAGAACUCACUUAGUGCUGAGCAUGAGAAGCAGAAGUCUGACUAUUCCUCUAGGAGCUCAGCUCCUUUCUCCAAGGAAAUCAGGGUCAACGGAAAGGAUGCUGAUGCGGUCAACGGUGAAAACUCCAUCGGUGUUCUUCAUGUUUACAUACACGAAGCGAGGGAUAUCCACAACAUCUGCAUAUACCACAAACAAGACGUUUAUGCUAAGCUUUGCCUGACAAGUGAUCCAGAACAGGCAGUUUCCACCACAAUCAUCAAUGGUGGUGGUAGGAAUCCAGUCUUCAAUGAGAAACUACAACUCAAUAUAAGAACUGUAGAGUCCUCCCUCAAAUGUGAGAUCUGGAUGCUUAGCAGGGUGAGGAAUUAUCUUGAAGACCAGUUGUUGGGUUUUGCUUUGGUGCCAUUGUCUGAGGUUCUAAUCAACAAUGGGAAGUUGGAGAAAGAGUUCUCUCUUUCUUCAACUGAUCUUUUUCAUUCCCCAGCUGGUUUUGUUCAGCUGUCUAUCAACUACACUGGAGCUUCCCCUGAAAUGAUCACUGAUAUGGUCACUCAUGGGACUCGUGUACAGGAUUCUGAGAUAUCCGAGUCCCUUCCUAGUGAGUUAGAUAAGAUAGAGUUCCCAGAUCCUAAGAUUGUAAAUGAAGAUGAGAUAAUGGUUUCAGAGUACAUUCAGAUGCCAUGCAAUAGUUUGGAAUCUGAUAGUUCUGAGAAUUUGGUCAAUCAUGAGGCUGAGAAUCAGCUCACUGAGGUAGUGGGAGUUCAAGUUGUUGAAAGCUUUUCAACGGGUACCGCUGAGUCUGUCCAACUUCCAAAGGUUGACUCACCACCAAGCAGUGUGUCAACUAAUGGAGUUUCAUCUCCUUCGGCCCCUGUAAGCUCAGAUUCAUCUGAAGCUCCAGCUGCCUCCAAGUCUCCGAAUCAAGAGCAAGUUUCAGCUCUGAAAGAGAAGCAUGUGGAUGCUAAAGAUAGUGAGAGUGAUUCCUCUGGUGGGUUGUCUAGUGAUUCAUUCACAAAGCCAGUUGUUUCUGUGAACAUUGAGCCUGAGCAAAAGGUGGUGCAGCAGGAGAUAGUAGAAAUGUACAUGAAGAGUAUGCAGCAGUUUACUGAGUCCUUGGCAAAAAUGAAGCUUCCUAUGGACAUGGAAACUGGAACAACAAAUUCAGAGAAUUCGAGCUCCGAUUCUAAAGUACAGCCAUCAAAGAACAGUGGCUCCCGUGUGUUUUACGGUAGCAGAGCUUUCUUCUGAUCUGAGCCAUUUUGUUUCACAAAGUGUUCGGAGGAAUUUGGCACAGGUGACUCUUAGAUUUAGAACGAAGACUAAUACUAGUGUUGAAGUCUAAUAACGUAUGGUCAUUGUAGCUUGGUAAUGGUAUCAUCAUCCUUUAUUGACAUGUUCUUAGAUGACAGAAACGUAACUCUCUGUACCAGCUAUGAGCUUUGUUCUCAUAUUCACUGUUGCUCCUUUAUAUAAUAUAUAUGAACUAUUUUCAUUA